AUGUAUCUUAUAAACAUGGUGAAUGUUUUUCUUUCAUAUGACAAUGAAAACAAAUAAGUUUUGAAUGUUUCUUAUAUUCAUUGAUAGAUUUUGAGUUUUUAGCAUAAUUAGCAAUCAAAAUUUUCAGUAUUGACAUAAAACAUUGAUAUAUUUGUGUGAACAUGGCUGAGAAUAAUGAAAAUUGGAUAGGAUCUUGGUUCACAGCAGCCAAAGAAAAAUUAAAGAAUUCAGAAGUAUUAGAAAGCGUCUACAAAGAUCUUGGAGAGUUUGGUGGUGCUGUUACAAAAGGAGCUAGUAAUGUCUUGUCAACAACUGGGAACGUACUGGAAAAAACUCUCAGUUUGGACAGUCCUGAUUCUACUGCAAAUUCUGUGAAAAGAAGUUUCAGCACAUUCUUAGACCAAAUGAAUACUGUUCUGAACCCUAGUCCUGAUGAUUCAGACACUGAAGCAAUAAUGAUCGUUGAGGGAUCUGAAACUAUUACAUUGACAAAGUUACAGCAAAUUAUUUAUGAUCUACAAUCAAAUGAGAAGACAUUUACAACAGAACCUGAACCUUCCUUAUCAGAGCAGUAUAAAUGUUGGCUUCAAAUAAGUGAAGAGCAGGUUUAUGAUGAAAAAAUAGAAAAAUAUCUGAAAAGAUCAGAUAUUCUACAGAGACAAUAUGAGAAACUUGUGCCUGAUAAAGUAGACAAAGAUAACUUCUGGAAAAGAUAUCUAUUCAAAAAAGCUCUUCUAGAGGAUGAGUUAGCAAAACAAGAAAUUCAAGAGAAAAAGGAAUUCAAAGAAAAUAAAAUAGUGGAAGAAAGUGUUCAGUGGGAAAAAGAAGAAUUUGCAGAUGGCAUUGAAUUGACAGAGGAACAGCAAAUAAAAUUACUUGAAGAAUAUGAAAAGGAAACCAAAUCUAAGAAAAAGAGCCCAGUUAAAAAAAAAUCUUCAUCAAAUGAUGUCAAGACUGAUUCUGCUUCUUCAACAAAUUCCCCAGUAAAAGACAAUUCUGGUAAAGAUACAAUAAUUGAUAAAAUUACAAAAGUUGCUUCUGCUGUGAGCCUAGAUACAGCUAGUAGUAAUAGUAGUAUCGACGAUGAUUGGGUAAAAAUAAGUGAAGUUGAAAAAUAAGAUUUGGAAAUUUCAAUAGGGUUUUUAUAUAACAUGUAUAUUAUGAAUUUUAGAUUUUAUAAAUUGUUAAAUAUUCUAUAAUCACUGUUUGAUAUCCUCUCUUUAUUUCGUUAUGUUUCUAGCAGUCAUUCAAAUUAUUGUGGAAUAUCGUCAAGAAUGAAAAUGAAGUAGGUUCGUUUCAAAUUUCAAUACAAAGGUUUGAGAAGUGUCUAGUCAGUUUUAAAAAACAUUGGGAAGUGUUAAACUUCAUUUUUAUUCUGUUUUUACUAUCGGUAAUAUUUAGUAUCUAGAUUUGUAUAAUGUGCUUUAUCAAGGAUAUUAAAAGAUUUCAGAAGCA